AUGAAUGGCGUUGAGGGUGCUGCUGAUAAUUUUUUAAAAGAGAAAAUAAAUGUAGUAUCGGAUAGUACAUCAUUCAAACAGUUACGUAUACUUAAAAUUCGAGAGAGUCCGGCUUCGUCUUCUCGCCAUCCGCCGGCUCCACAAUCGGCAAAUCCAUCGAUAGCUGCGUCAGGUAGUGCUCGUUCUUCGCCAAUGAGGACAUUGACAAGCUCAUCUGGUGGUCUAUUUAUCAGUGCUCCAGGAAAGAUUAUUUUAUUUGGUGAACAUGCCGUUGUUUAUGGAAAGACUGCUGUUGCUGGUUCCAUUGACUUACGGACAUAUAUCAGUUUGUACACUUCUGCUGACGGGAGAAUUUAUUUGUCACUUCCGGACUUGGGAAUUGAAGAAACCUGGGAGUUGAAGGAACUUUUCAGAGCUGGCGAAAAAUUAGCUCAAGAAUGCUCUGUAAGCGGGGUUUCGCCGUUACCACCCGAUAAGGUUGUCCCUUACGCUAAAGUCUUAAGUGGUUAUGGUGAAGAUCAUUCUGGUGCUCAAGGCUUGGCAAUUCUUGCUUUCUGGUAUCUUCUACUCAGUGCUGUCCAGUAUAAAAGGGAUCUCUUAGCAGUCAAAGUAACUAUACGGUUUAAGCUUCCGUCCUGUGUGGGACUAGGGUCUUCUGGGGCAUAUUGUGUUUGCGUGGCUUCUGCCCUUCUUCAAACUGCUGGAAUUAUACCGCCUCCGUCUAUUCCAGUCGAUGGCGAAGGCACUCUUACUUGGGACUAUCCACAUUUAGACAUCAUUCGUCGUUGGUCAGCAGCUGCUGAAUGUAUAAUUCAUGGACGAGCCUCUGGUUUGGAUGCAACGAUAUGUACUUACGGAGGUGUUGCUGCUUUCAAGGCUGGGAAUGCACUUCAGCACUUGAAAAACCUUCCGGACUUGCGGGUUAUCCUAAUAAACUCUAAAGUGGAGAAAAGCACUUCAAGAAUGGUACAAGUGGUCAGGGAAGCACUGAAGACAUACCCUGAUGUGCUCCAACCAAUUUUCGAAUCUAUCAAUGCAAUAUCGGUGGAGGCUACAAAAAUUCUUCAUAGACCUGUUGUGGAAAAUGGAGACUCAGAAAAAUUAGUAAACGGUGGCAGUGGUACUUCUGCUAGUGGUGCGUAUUGUAAUGAACACGAGCACCAGAGUUUACAGCCUGGCGAGAAGGUCACAAAUAGCGGCGAUUCCGCCAGACUUACUUCGUACGUUGCUGACGGAAAACGAAGCAGUAACACUUCAGCAGCUAGCGGAUCUUUGGCAGGUGGUUCAACUUCGGAUAAAGCUGAGAAGAAUGAGCUCAUUGAUGCUUACUCGAGAUUAAACGAUCUAUGUCGUAUUAACAAUCAGCUUCUGAUGGCAUUAGGAGUUGGUCAUCCGAAAGUUGACCAGCUUUGUACCCUGUUAGCUCGCUAUGGCAUACAUCCAAAAAUGACCGGGGCUGGUGGAGGUGGUAGUGUAUUUGCGUUCCUAAAACCUGAUACGUCUCCCACAUUACUUUCAAUGAUUGAAAAGGAAUUGACAAAUUUGAAUUAUGAAUUUUGGCAGCCGUCACUUGGUGGCCCUGGUGUGGUCUGCCAUUCUAGCAAACCGGAUUUAUUUAAUAUCCCCAGCACUGUGCCAACACUUGUAACUCUUCCCCCUUCUUCAAAUCCUGAAUCGGUGAGGUCGACGCCGUCGCUUCCACAUCAUAGCCGGAAAAAGUGA